AUGGCCGCAUUGGGCGGAGGAUGGGCGGACGCCUUGCGCAAAGCAGCGCAGGUCAAGACGGAACAGUGGCCGCCUUUUGAAGCGGCGUCCCCCAAGACCGAGCGUAAAUGGCCGGCGACCGCUUUCCCCCUCACCAGCCCUUCAGGCUGCGCCGCUUCCGCGGCUUCCGCAUCACCCGCGCAGCCUCCGCACGCACUUGGGGCUAAAACCGCUCCUGCCAAGGGGCACGAUUUUCCGCCUUCUGCCAAGCACUCUCCGCCCGCUUCCCCGAAUACUCCCCCGAUUCCCCGCGGCGGCGCUCACGCCGGCGCGCUUCCCGCGCGCGGAAAGGCGGCGGCGCAGGGCGGAGGUUCCGCCAUGCCCGCGCCGUCGGCGCAGGAGUUGCGCGCACUUGAGGAGGCGAACGCGCUGCUGACUGCUCUCUUCGGGCCGGGUGCAGAUCUCGUUGCGGUUAACGAGAGUCGUCGGAAUCGGUCAGAGAAACGGUUUUCGUCGGCUGGCAGCGCUGAACCGUCGCCGCGACCGGCAAAACCCGGCGAGAAACCCGCGAAGCCGCAAAACGAGCAGCGCUGUCAAUCGAAGGUACCCGCGAGCCCGCGCCCGCCUCCCGCGCAAAGACGCUCCGCUGGCGGCGCGGCGAAAAAGAAUUCCGCGCUCGGCGCGCAGUCGCCGAGAGUAACGGCUGUUUCAAUUCGGCCGGCUGAUGCGCCGUUUUCUGCUGCGGAAUUGCCAGCGCCGUCAAGUUUCUACGCCGGUCUCCCUUCCAGCGGCGCCGGUAGCGCAAAAGGCGGAGAAUCUCCGGUUGUUGCGCUGUUCGAAGGGGAGGCGACGUUCCCCGCGAUCAUGGCAGAGCUCUGGGCGCUCCAAGGCGGGCGCAGGGCGGACGGCGCAAAGGCUGCGGGUGCAGGCGCGGAGAAGCGGGAGCGACGCCAAGGCGCGAAGAAGGGGGAGCGGGGGGAGGAAUCGGCGGCGCAAGGGGCAGGCUCAACGUUGGCGCGGGGCGGAGGACAGGCGGAAGCGUACGAACAGGCGGGCAGUCCCCAGGAACCUGAGCUUGCGCCUUCCCCCGAAUUGCGCGCUCUGAAGGGGAGCGGAGCGGACGUUUGCGCGUCGCGCGGUGCGAAGCUGACUUCAUCCUCAAACGAGGCGGUGACACUUGGCGUUGAACGCGCGCCGGCCGCCAAUGCCACGUCACCAGUUGAAGCGGAAGCAACCGCGCUGCUCGAUAUGGUCACAAAGCUUCUGUCCUCCGACCAGAAUGUGACUGUAAGCGGGGGUGACUGUACCGAGAUGAUUAAGGGGACUGUAGAGAAGUUUAAGCAGGAGCUUCUGACGAAGCUUCCUGGGCGAGAUGUGGGGGAGGUGGCGGGCCGGGGACAAGGGGAAGGGGGGCCCGGCGCGGGGGGGGAUGGGGGGAAACGCGGGGUCGCGAUUGCGCGGAUGGCGCCGGUAAAGCUGGAACAUGGGGAAGAGGAGGGCGUGCGAGAGGGAGAAGAGCAGCAACAGGCUUUCCAGCCGCCUUUCUUGUUCACAGGGACCACCCGGUCUCGAGAACCGAGUGCCACCCCGGCCCCUCAUCCUCCCUCACACCCUGCCUUUGCCGCUGCUGAUGCAAUGCCUGCUGCAACCCCUGGGUUCGAGACUACUGUUAUGGAAGAUAUGUUUUAUGUGGGCAGCGCAGGUGGUGUGGCUGGCUCGGCGGCUGCUUCGGCAAGCGACUUCACAUGGGCUGCCGGACCUGCCGCCGCACCGGACUCCUCGCCAGCUGAUGCCCAACACGCUGCAGAUUUCGCUGAUGAUUUCCCACUGCCGGUUCAUGCGGACUCUUGUCUCAAUGCUGCAGCAGCAAUCACAGAGCUACCCCUCUUCCCAGCGUCAGCAGCGGCCCGAGAAGCAGCCGCUGUCAUCUCAAGCCUCGGAACAGAGGGUAUUUCUAGUGUUUGCACCUCACCGCGUGUACGAUCCGCUAACUCUUCGUUUAGCAUGUCUGGGCGGUCGAAUAAGAGAGGUCGGGAUGAAGGGAGUGUGAGCAUUGGGGAUUCAGAAGGCAGUUUGGGGGGUUUGCUGCUGGGUUUGGGGGAGUUGAGGGAGACGGGUGCUCCUGUGAGUAAGGCUGCAAGGCUGAUUCGGGAGCAGUGGGCUCGGAAGAGGGGACUGGCUCCUUUGUCCAUUCCUCCGCCGCUGGAUUUGCCAUCGCCUGAUCAUUCCCCUCCUGCGGACAUGAAACCGCAUGCCAAUAGUCGAAUACACGAGGGGAUGGCGACGCUUCAGAAUCACCCGACUCCGCUAGACGAGUAUAACAAGGAGAUGGGAGAGUUGAAAACUCUCGUGACGAAGGCUUUAGAGAAGAAGGGUGUCCUGGCUCGACUCAAGGCGGAGCUGCGAGCGAGCAUCUUCGAGGUGAUAGACGACAAAGACAAGACGGCGAGCGGCGACGAGCAACGCGCCGUGAGAGGCGGCUGUAGCGAACAGGCGAAGAACCUGCACGACUCCAAAACGGGUCAUCUGCUGACGGCGCUGCUGUGCGAGUAUCUGGAGUGGGGAGAGAUGGACCAUACCCUCAAAGUGUACCUCUCGGAGUGUAACCUGCCGCCAGUGUACCCGCGCCGACCAAAGCUAGAGGACGAGCUCGGCCUGCCGUCGUCCAACGCCAUCAUGACACCUGGCGGCGCUACGCGGCCGCUGCUGCACGAGCUGAUCGACGCCUACUUCACUCUCAAGGCGCAGGUGAAGUCAGGCGCCACAGGCACGUCAUCGUCGGGGGGUGGUCUGCUCUCUCGUGCCACUGCGCGCAGCUCCAGCCCCUCAGCCGGUCAGAGAUCUCCCAGGAGCACCUCGCCCCUCACGCGUGGCUUCAGCAGUGCCUUCGGCCGCAGCAGCAGCGGCGGGGGCGAGCGCGAGCGGUCGUCCUCAGGCAGCCGGCGCAGCAGCAGCGGUGGCAGGGCGGUGCCUGAGCCGGCAUCGAGAGGCGAGAGUGACACCGAGAGGGGCGGCGGCGGGGGCGCGUUUUCGAAGCUGCCGAUCUCGUUGCUACGUGACAUCCCAUCCUCGCGGGAUAGAUACUAG